AUGGUUGCGUACGACCAGCUGGAGUCACCCGGAAACCUCAUCAUCCCCCCAGACGCACUGUUUGAAGGGCCAAGGUUUGAAGCAUGGAAAGAAUUGGCAUCACAGGCCAAAAAACAGGGCAGUCUGAUUUCUGGUCAAGUGAGUCAUCCAGGCCGACAAACCGACAUCCGACUUCAAGCAAAUCCAAUAUCCGCAAGCGACAUCCAACUGCAAACUACCAUGGGCAGGUCAUUUGCAAAACCAAGACCAGCGUCGCAAGAAGACAUUGAUGCAGUUAUCGACGCCUUUGUAUAUGCAGCUCAAUACCUUCAUGCUGCAGGCUUUGAUGGUAUCCAGCUUCAUGGAGCUCACGGCUAUUUCUUGGCCCAGUUCCUCUCAAAGACCACCAACAAACGAACAGAUCAGUAUGGGGGUGGGCUAAGGAACAGAGCUCGCAUUAUUUUGCAAAUCGCAGAUGCUAUUCGUGGAGAAUUACCCAAGUUCCUCUUGGGGAUCAAAAUCAACAGUGUUGAAUUCCAGGACCAAGGAUUUACUCCAUCUGAGGCUGUCGAACUCUGUACCCUAUUGGAAGAGGCCAAGUUUGAUUGGGUCGAGUUGAGUGGUGGUACAUAUGAGAAUUUCGGACCGCUCGAGGGGAAGCAAGCAAGCACAAGGAGAAGAGAGGGGUUUUUUCUGGAGUUUGCGGAGAUGAUCAAGCUGCACGAUACGAAGCUUUACGUGACGGGAGGGCUUCGUACAGUACAAGGGAUGGUUGCAGCUUUGAGCACAGUGGAUGGUGUCGGAUUAGGACGUCCCGCGGCUCAAGAAUUCAGCCUAGCGAAAGAAAUCCUGCGGGGACAGGUGACUGGAGCAAUCGAGCAACAGAUAGACCAGUACAAUUUCGCUCUGACGACGAUCACGGCGGGCACACAGAUUGGACAGGUGGGAAAAGAUCAGCAACCUAUCAACAUGGGGAUCAAGGAGAAUGUCAGCAUCUUGAUGAAGAGCUUUGGGACCUAUAUGCAGGAACUCGCUGAAGGCUAUGCCAAUUUAGAGGGCUAUACACCGGAGCCUUUCAGUCCAGUCAAAACAUAG